AUGGGACGCCUACGUAAUCUCGUCGUCAACACGUCGUUUAACCAAGGUCUCCCAUUCUAUAUCCUGAACGCUAUCCUCUCGACUCCUCAGCUCGAGUCUGUUCAGUUUGGCCCGUCAAUGUGCUACCCGGUGAAACUCGAUCCAAGUUUCCCAAAGGAUCUUCAAUUUACGAGUCCUGUUUGCUCUUUGACCUCAUUCCGCCGAACCCUCCAGAGCUUUGAGAGAUAUUCGCGGGCACAAGCCGAGGCGGAUCUUCUCCAUUGCCUGUUCAACCAAUUCCACCAUACACUUCAAAUAGCAGAGAUGCCAAGCGACACUGCGCCUCUCAGAGUGUUAAUCAACAAUGACUGGCCCUGCCUCCGCGAGCUCAUUCUACGUGGCGGAUCGCAGCAAUCAUCCAAGCCGAUGGUCCAGAUCUUGGGACGUAUGCCAAACCUUCGCGUCCUCAAGCUCGAACUAGCGCAGCGCUCUGGGGAGGGUCCUCGCCGUGUGUGUCCUCCGGGUUGGGCAGGCGGCUUCCCAUGGCCAAACUUGGAGGUCUUGACCGUAUCCUACCCCCACCCAGACGAUGGACUAUACGCGCACUUACCGAGUAGCCUGCAAGAGUUGACCCUCCGGUGCUUCCCUCGCCACUAUGUAGCCACUGCUACGGGAAAAGAGGGCGAUUUCAUGAGAAGACACAUGUACGACUCUGGAUGGUGUUCGUCGCUCCCCUCGUCGUCUGCCGAGAUACUGGGCGUCCUAUGUCGCUGUAGCUCGUCCCUCGUUUGUCUUCGGCACCUCGACAUCGAGUUUGAGGAGUCCGACGAAGACAUUCAGCUUUUGCGCUACAUUGCGACCGCAUUUUCGACACUGACCUUCCUUCAAUUUCUUCGUUACCGCAAGAGUUCGGAGCACCCUCAACAUACUACGUCUUGUGCUGACCUCGGGCAUGCCCUCGCGCCUCUGACGCAUCUUCGACUUCUUCGAGUUCAUCUCGAUUUGGAAGAUACGGACGACGCAGGAACAGUCGGAGAGGCGCUCUCCGCGCUCGCGUGA